GCCUAAGCCAGUCAUACUUUUCGUUUAUUGGGCGCAACAUGCUGAAGCUCAGUCUAAUAGCGUGGCUACUAUGCUCGCUGGCCUACCGCACCACGCCCACUAGCUGCCGCCAGACGCGUCCAGCGCCCACAAUACAGGAGCUGUUGGCCAAGCAGCUGCAGAGCUACAUGAACACCAAGGUGCGACCCUGCAUGAACUUUUAUCAGUACGCCUGCGGCAAUUGGCAGCUGCAACAGGAAGCUGCCGACGACUCAGACCAAAUGCAACAGGAACAGGAGCGCGAUGAGCCGCUGGAGCAGCAACAACCGAGCAAUACACUGGACACAAUGGACUAUACGCUAAAUCGCGAGCUUGAACUGCAGCUGCGCCAUGGAAGCGCCAAUGAGAGCAACGAGGAGCAGCCGCAAGCGCUUCUGCUGGAACAGAUGCGUCUUUACUAUCGUGCCUGCAAGCGCCUGAAGCCGUAUAAUCUGAAGAAGUAUCUACAGUUGCUGCCGCCCAGCAAUGACACACACUGGCCACUGCUCAGUCGCAGCUGGGAGCCAGCCAAGUUCAAUUGGCUGGCCACGUUGGGUCGCAUGCGUCUGCACGGGCUCAACGGCGUACUGCUGCGUGAGGAAGUGCUGCCGCGCUAUGAUGACUCCAGCAGUUAUACGAUUGUAGUGGACAAGCCCAGCUGGGCGGAGACGGAGCCCAUGGGCGAGGGCGCCAUGAUAGAGCUGCUGCUGGACAUUGGCCAGACCAAGCGUGUGGCCAAUGAGCUGGCAGUGCAAGUGGAUGCAUUUGAGCAGCAGCUGCAUCGCCUGCAGGAGCUGGAGGAUGAUGAUGAGGGUGUGCGUGAAAUGCAGCUGGGCUAUCUGCUGGAGUAUUUGCCGCAGCUGCAGUGGCUCGACUAUUUGCAGCAGCUCACCGAGGCGCCACCGCUUGAUACGCUCAUCAUACAAAAUCUGCAGUAUAUGCGAGCGCUGGCCGAGCUGCUGCAACGCCAGCAGCCCGCCACCAUUUGUAACUAUAUAAUGAUAAAGCUGCUGGAGCAUCUGAAGCAGCAGGGUCCGGCUGAGAUUUCACGCAACGAGUGCGCCGCUAGUCUGCGUCGUGCCAUGCCGCUGGCCAGCAGCUUGCUGAUGGGUGAACGCUUCCAUGAUGAGCAAAAUGUGCCCGCUAUACAGAAGAUGUUUGCACGACUGAAGCUGCGCUUUGGCCAAAUACUCGCCGAGAAUCGUUUGCAGCUGCAGCCCCCCAUACUGCAAGCCAUGCAACAAAAGCUCCAAGCCUGCAACUGCAACUUGGCUUUCGUGCAGUUGAACGACUCGGACUUUGUCUGUGACUAUUACGCGGGCGUGGAGCUGCAGGCGCAUAGCUUCUAUGCCAAUCAGCUGGCGCUGCUGCGUCUGCGCGUGCAUCGCAGUCACGAGCUGCUGUCCUCGCUGGAUGCUGUUAAUCUGGCGCAUUUGGCGGAGCAGUGGCAUGGCAGCAACUCCUCGCCCUUCUAUGUGGGUCCGCGGAAUCUUGUGGUGCUGCCCUUUGGCACACAGCGUCUGCCUUUUUGGCAUCGCGAGAUGAGUUCGCUGCAGCAGCAUGCGGUGCUGGGAUUUGCGCUUGCUCAUGAGCUUAUGCAUGGCUUUGAUACCAGUGGCAUUGACUAUGACAGCGUGGGCAACUACGGCCGCAAUGAGGAAAUAGCCGAGAAUCCACGCUUUGCUCAAAGCAUUCACUGCCUGGAACUGGAGUUGGCCACUGGCUCAAAGUCGCUGAACGAAAAGUUAGCCGACUAUGAGGCACUGCGUCUGGUGUAUGAAACUUUCUUUGGCGACGACCACCUGGUGCCAGAGCGCAAAGAGCCGCGCGAUCCAUUGCUGCCGCAGUUCAGUCAACGCCAACUCUUCUUCAUCAGCUAUGCGCAAAUCUUUUGCGGCAAGCUGCAAACUUUCAGUCAGCAGACCAUGGAGCAUGAGGUGGAGGAGCUGCGUGUGGUGCAGGCUGUGGCGAAUUUUGAGGAAUUCUCACGUGAAUUUGGCUGCGCCAAGCGCCCCAAGAAUGCCAAAACCAAAUGCCGAGUAUGGUGAGCUGACAAAAGCUAAACACAUAAUUGUAGUUUUGAGUGAAUUGAGAAUUUGGCCAACAUAAAAAAUAAUAAGUAUAAAAUAUAAUUUCCAGGAUCUCUAGCAAUAAGUA